AUGUUGGUUAUAAAGGUGGCGAACCCAAGAGAUUCCGGUGAUUAUUUCAGUUCUCAUCCUGAGAAAAAGAACGAUGAAGAAGGAGGAGGAGGAGGAGCUCCACCACCACCGUCACCGCGUUUUCAGUUUCUACCGGGGAUGUUCACAUCGGAGUUUAGUCAUUCACAGGAGAUGUCUGCUAUGGUGGCGGCUUUAACUCAUGUCGUUUCUGGACAGACGUCUGGCAGUGCUGGUGUCGGUGUCGGUGUCGGUGUUGGUGCUUCUCCGACGUCGUUUUAUGGCGGCGCUGCUGCUUUGGCUGCUGGUUUUUUCUCUACGGAUUCACCGUCGUCGGCUUAUUCCUCUUCUAGUUCCGGUUCGUUUGCUGGGAAUAAGAGAGUUCGUGAACAAGACGAAACUACUGUCAAUCAAAUUUCAGAGCAACAUCAUCGAAGAUUUUAUGAAGGUAGAGAAGAAGAAAUUCCAUCUGCCAUCAUCACCACCACCACCACCAGUACUACGGUGGUGAACACCGGAAUACAACAUAACCCGACAACUGAAGCAAAUCGAAACGAAGACACCGGAGAGAGGAGGAGGAAGUAUAGAGGUGUCCGGCAACGGCCAUGGGGAAAAUGGGCGGCGGAGAUAAGGGAUCCACAGAAGGCAGCAAGGGUCUGGUUAGGUACAUUUGAUACGGCGGAGGCGGCCGCCAGAGCCUACGACGAGGCUGCACUUAGAUUCCGAGGAAAUAAAGCAAAACUCAAUUUUCCUGAAAACGUCACGCAGCUACCGCCUCAACAGUUCCAACCAACCACCACAGCCACCAUCCGCCAACUACCGCCAUCACCACCGCCGUUGCAGCCACUGUACUUCCGACCCCAACCUCAACAGUAUCAACUACCUGAUGCAGAUUACUGGCAAUACUCACAACUUCUACAAAGCCCAAUGAAUUCUCAUCUCCAGCAACCAUAUGAAACAAAUUUGUUACAGCAAAUCAUGUUUAAUGCUUCAACAAUGUCGUCUUUAAAUUCACAACCAUUCAUCUCUUCGUCUUCAUCGGCAGAUAUUGAUCCCCAGUUUUUCCCAAACCAGCGGUUGCACUAUGAUUACCAGCAGAAUAUGGAGAGCAGUACAGAUUUUCAAGCGGCGCCACCGUCAUCAUGGCCUUGUUCUGGUCAAUUCCCACCUCCUAAUCCUUAA